AUGCUCGUCCCGUCUGACACCGCCUCCGUUUCGAGUGCCCGCAGUAUGAGGGGAGGGGCAUCGACUUCUCGGGCGGGGUCCGCGCGUACACGUCGCCUCGCAUGCUUGUCUCGCUUGCCCCCCUCCCCCGUGCCCCUGUGUGAUGUGGUCCUUGCUUGUGCCCGCCUCUUUGAGGGGGAGGGCCUGCGCCUUACGGGGGCGUGCUCAGUCAGCUACGGCAGAAGAAGCUUCCAGCCUGCGCCUGCCCUCCGGUGCCUCCCGCUCACCCUCUGUCAAGGCUCUCCCCGUGACGCUGACCUCCCUCGCCAAAGACCUUUGCCGCCUGCAGGCGUCUUCCGAGAGCGACUGCCCGCAGCGUCCUCCCGCCGGCUCCAGGUGUCUCCCUCGCCAGGGAGCGGGCGGCCUCUUCCUCACGCAGGCCUGUCGUCGCAGCGGCAGCUCACGGUCUCCACAGGGAACAACUUCGUCUUAAAGUCAACUCAUGAAAGUUCUACUUGGUCCAUGUCUGCAUAUAUCUGCUGCUCUCUACCUCCAGGGUCACAUGAGGCAGAAGGACCCAGCGUGGAGGCGCCUGCAGGGCCUUGGCUCCAGGACGGGACAGUGUACGGCAGGGUCCCCGUGAGGAGCACACCCCCUUUGUGCCCUGAAUGCAGAGGAGGAGGCUGGGCCUCCGCUUCUCCAGGCCUUUGACCUUCAGCUGCAGACCAGAGGCUUCCCUUCUGUGACAUCCCCUGUGGCUGACUCUACAUCUUCAGAGGAUCAACGUUUGAUUUGGCUGCCCAGAAAAAGCAUUAAGAUACAAUAUGAAGAAGAACUCCCAAUACCAAUAUCCUCUGGAAGAGCUGCUCCAGAGGAUGGCCACGAACAAACUUCACCACUGGAAUGAAGCUUCCUAGAUAGUGAAGUUUCUAUUUCUAUUUUUGGUGAUAGCAUUCAUACGUGUACACACUGCACAAGCUUGCACUAUUACAGCUAGUGUGAGCAGUCCUCCAUAUUUAGGCUGAGGAGUAGUCCUUCAGUGUGUAUCUACCUGUUCUACUCCUGUAGGUCCUCUGGUAUGGAAAAAAGAUGGCGAAGAGAUAUAUAGACAAAAGUAUGGAGGAAAACUUGGAUGGAAUAAUGCAACUGAUCAGUCUAAAAGAGAUAAUACUCGCUAUGACAUUUAUAAAACAGUUUUGACCAGAAAUGAUAUUGGCAAUUAUUAUUGUGAGAAAUAUUAAAAAGGAGCUCCUGAUAUAUUAUAUAAAAGUAGUUAUGUCUACUUAGACAUAUCACUCUCUCCAGAGAGGGAAUUUUCUUCACCUAACAUGUGGUUACAACUUGCAAGUUGAGGAUUGAACAAGUCAUCUUUUUGUGUAGCAGGAGAUUCCUCUAUUAGUGGAUUAUUAAAGAAAAAUUUGAUAGCUAUAGGACUCCCUUUUUCUGUUUUCACUAAUAUUUCAGGAAUAAACAUUACUCAUUCUCCUGAAGUUCUUACUUGUGAAAUUCAAUUGAACUUACCUGUCAGUACUACUAUAGUUUCUGAGUGUGUAUGUAUUAAUUGCACUCAUAUUCCUUCCCAGUGUAAUUCUACUAUUUGUGUAAAAUGUCCUUUUGGAUAUAGACUUCCAAAUGGCUGGGUGUUUUUAUGCAAUAAAAAAACAUAUCAAGCCUUUUCUUCACAUUAUCAAGGUGUUUGUGGUGUGGGAUGUAUUCUUCCUGCUCUUAUAGACCAUCCUGGAUAUAAGCACAGACAGGUUUCUCGAGCCCUGCCACCUGAUUGUGACGACAACUUGAAGUUGUUGGAUCCUGUUGCUGUAGCUGUCGCUGCUGCAUUCAUCCUACCAGUUCCAGGACUCGUAGGAAUGCAGAACGAAAUAUCCAAGAUGGCCUGUGCAUACAGUAAAACAACAAAUCUGACUGCUUCUGUAUUACCUGAACUCAACCAAGAACUGGGAGAAGUACGAGUUGCAGUACUUCAAGAUGGCGCUACUAUAGACUAUCUAUUGUUAAAAGAACAUAUGGGAUGUGAACAGUUUCCAGGUAUGUGUUGUUUUAAUCUGUCUGACUUUUCUCAAACUAUUCACAGUCAAAUAGAUAAUAUUCAUCAUAUUAUUGAUAAGUUUUCUCAAAUGCCUGAGUUACCUAACUGGUUUUCUUGGUUUCACUGGAUAUGGCCAGUAAUUGUAGGCCUGCUUCUUUUGUGUUAUUUGCCUUCCUAUCUUGAUAGCCUGGAUGCAUCAUAUAGUCACCAGUUUAUUGAAACCAUUGCAUGCUUAUGCUACUUUCCUGAAGUGAUGUCUAAGAAAUGAUUGUUCUUUGUAUUGUUACUCAUGAAAGUCCAUGCACUAAAUCUUUGUAUUUUGUGAUUUCUACGAUUAAGGCUGGACAUAAAAGUGAGAGUAUGAAAACAAACAUCAGCGAACAUCAGUCAAUUCCUAAUGCCUCCUUUUUCUGUAUGUUCUCCCCCUGUGUGGUCCCAGGAGAUGGCUGGUUAGCCAGAGACGGGUAAGAUUCCUCAUGGGAGGAACAACCUAAGACAGGCACAGUCAUAAAGGGUCAACAGGCGAGGAGGUGGGGGCCAACUGAGGCGAGGCUUAGAACCUCGUCCCCCCAUUUAUAUGAGGCAUUCUUUGCUGCUCUUGUCCAGCUAGGUUAAUACUUAAAAAAUUAAAAACGGAUCUUUCGCUUGAGUUACAACAAUCAUUAUUUCAAAGUUCUUUAAUAAAAAGGGGAAAUGUGGGAAUUUAUAUGGAAUUUAUAUAUAAAGUAUAAAAAUCAUAUGUAUAAGCACAUUUGCCUUGAUGGUUUGUUUAUAGUUCAUGAUUUGUAGUCAAGACAGAAACAGUAGCCAAGACAGAAACAGUAGCCAAGACAGAAACAGUUUCUGUGACACGAGUGCUCUUGUAUUGUUCAUCAUGAGAACUUGUUUGUUAUGUUUCAGAAGGUUGGAAACUGUUGAGAGUUGGACUUGAUUAAUGAUUGUGCAUGGAAACCCCAAUACAGAAUCUUAUUGUUGUUAACAACCAUUUCAUCAAUAAAUAUGAGAGAUGCCUUCUUGGCACCACUCUUGCGCUGUCA